UUUUCACACGGUGAAUAAAAAAAAGAAUUAAGUACAGUAGUAACCUACAAACCAUUGGUUAAAUUACACUCUAACCAUAGCUCUCGCGGUAUUUUGAUGUCAGACGCUGAUCCGUCUGCGAUGCCACUCCGUCUGCGAUGCCACGUUUAGAGGUCGAACACAUGCGUCGUUGUCAUGACAGUACGAUUUGCGUCUUUUCUCUAACGCUUGAGCUACUUGUUGAUUUUUUGAAGGUUAAAAAAGUUGCCUUUUUUGACGUGUGUUUAUUAAUAAAGUGAUCAGUAUGAUGUCUUUAGAUGUUAUUUGGUCGUGUGCUGUGCUGCAGGACUGCGCUGAUCAGCUGUCAGUUUUAGACAAUAUCAUGCGACCUGGAGCCGACACUCGAAGUAUUAGGAAGUUCAACCUGAAAACAGCUCAACAAGGACUGAAGGAUGGGAGUACAUUGUCUGAUAUCAGAUCACAGGAACGACUCUGCUUUGAAAGCCCACUUACUCCUGACGACCUAGUCAAAGUGCAAGGGGACAGGCAGUUUGUUUCAGAGGUCAUCAAUGGGUUAAUAGUCGAGCUUUGGGAGAAAAACACUUUUCAGAGUUUGUUUUCAGCGGUGGAGGAGGAGAGGAAGAUAAAAGCCCAACUUCUCGACAUUUUAAUGAGAGAUGAAGAACGUCGCAUCAGGAUCAAAACUCUACAAAAACAGUUACUGGAUAUCUCCAAGGAGAAAACAGAGGAGUGUGAGAGACUUAAGGAAUCAAUUGCUCACCUGAGGCACCAGGUAGAAAACAUGAGGAUGAGGACAGAAUGUCAGAGGACAUUUGUGAAGAGCUGUGCCAAACAACUGGUCUGUCAGGGACAGAAAACCAACAGUCACAUUGAGAAAGAGCUGGAAGAUGAAGUCAUGAUGACAGCGGAGAAAAGAGAGGAAGAAGAAAAGGUAUACAUGGAAUUGGAGGACUUCCUAAAAAGUCAACAUGCAAGCUUACAGGAGCAGAUGCAGAAUUGGACGAUGCGAUACGAGAAAGACUUGGAAAAAAAAGAGCAAGAGCUGACUGCUUUACGAAACAAAAAAGCCAACAACCUGGCACAACUUCACGAGCUCUCUAAGAAGUGCAGAGACAUGCAGCAGGUUAUUAUUGAAGACAGGAGGCAGAAGGAAGAGAUGCGUGUACAGCUGGAGACAGAGCAGAGGGAGAGAGAUGCUGCGAUUAAAAUUCAGUCCUGGUGGCGGGGAACUGUUGUGCGCAGGGGACUUGGCUCUCCUAAGAAAACUGAUAAAUCCAAGCCUAAAAAAGGCAAGAAGAAGAAGAAAUGAUUGCUGGGAUCGUGCUGUCUAUACAAUAUAAAGAGAAAAGGAUUAUUUAAAGAGCCCCUAUUGUCUGAUUCACUCUUUUUCAUUUCCUACAUGUUAACGAUAUGCAAAAGGUACAAAUCCCAAAGUAAAUGAUGAUGCGAGUAUCGUUUCUCCAACGUAAAUGACUUUUCUUGGACUACAACAAACACACAGAUUGUAGGCAACAGUUUACUUCCUGGGAUUGGUGACGUAGACAAGACCGACAUUAUCAUAAUUCCUCCCACUUUGACUCACAGCCUGUAAGUUAACUCCUGUUAGCAUUGCAUUGUGAGCGAAUCUUUUAAACAUGGUAAGGAGCAUCACAUUUCCGGCUGACAUCAGAGGAUUUCAGGCCAGUCACAACGUACAGAUUAGCUGGCAAAUCAGGGACACACAGCUUUUCAAAUCUGUGCGUUUCAGGAAGAGAGGGAAAUCUGGAGCUACAAAAUGUACGGUAUGUGGAAAAUAAUGUGUUUUUUAACCAUAAACCACACAACCAAAUACUUAUUAUACCAAAUACACAAAAUAAAGUUUUUUUAGCAAUGAAAUAGACGCUCUUUAAAUGAAAGAGAAGUGAAAAGAAAAUGUGUCGGUUUUUAUUAGCAUAAAACAGUAAUGUUCUGUUAAAUCAAAUCUUUUCACACACAAAAAUUUACUUCUCUCAUUCUGUAUUCACCCUUUAUUGUUGUUUAAAGUAUUUAUGAGUUAAAUUCAAUGAAAAUUACAUGAAAUAACAAUGCAGUAUAAGCAAAUGAGCAAUAAAUGCUAUAAUGACUAAUAAGACAACCAUAGGACAAUGUCAUGGCAACGCUAUACAUACACAUACAUGCGUUACAUGCCUAUAUAACAGGGAAAUGCAUAUUCAUUUCAAAAUACCAAAAAAGGCCACUGGUAGCAUAUUUACUAAAUUGUAGUAGACAUAGUGUACUCAAUUUCAAAAUUAUAUUCUAAUUAAUGGCCAUCAAACAUUAAUUUCCCGUUUUGGGGGGCUGUUCUAACAUUUCAUAGUGAAGAAUCCAUCUUAGUAAUCUAUCAUAUCUGUAGUGCAAACGAGUCUACUGUAACUGUAUGCUGUGUUUGCCUCUAGGUGGUGCAAAAAUACCACUUUACAAAAUAAAUUCCUUACUUCAAAUGCAUCAUAUGAGAGUGUUGUAUCAAGGAUAUUUGUGAGGAAAAAAUAAGUUUUUGCAAAGCAAUUAUGUCAGAGAAUAAACUUUUUAUUUUUAUUUAUUUCUUAAAAUCACAAGUAUUUUACAAGCAACUACAGUAAUUAAUAAAAAAGAUUGUAUUGUGUUUACUAAU